AUGUCUUACAAUCUUAACUUUGUUUCAUGGAAUUUUCGUGGGGGCUUAUCAUUUGCUCGCAAACAUCGCUUUAUCCGUUCUUUAGUUUCUACUCACAAACUUACUAUUUUGGGUCUUGUUGAGACGAAAAAAGAAUUGUUUGAUGACUUUAGUGUUCGUUUUUUGUGGCCUAAUUUAGACUUCGAUUAUUGCUUUGUUCCUUCAAUUGGCGCUUCUGGUGGUCUUAUUUGUGUAUGGAAUUCGAAUCUUAUUAAUCCUUCGAGGAUUGUUAAAACUAAUAGAUGGAUUAGUUUGGAUUUUGUCUGGGGUGGCAAGGAUGUCAGAUUUAUUUUGAUAUACGCUAGUAAUUGUUCGAGAGAACGAGCUUCAAUGUGGAUUGAUAUUAUUCCUGAGCUUAGUUCAGAUUUCAUUUGUAUUCUCGUGGGUGACUUUAAUGAAAUUUUGGAUCCGUCUGAGCGUUUAAAUUGCAGUGGGUUUUCUCCUUCUAUGCUGGAAUUUUCGGCAUUUAUCUCUAGUUCCAAUUUGAUGGAAGCUUCUUUACACGCUUUGCCUAGAUCGUACUCGGAUCAUGUUCCUAUUCUUUUUACUUCGGAGGUUAUUAUUGAUUGGGGUCCUAAGCCGUUCAAGUCCAUUAAUGCCUGGUGGAGUCAUAAAGAAUUUAGUUCUUUUGUUGAUAAUUCUUGGUCUUCUAUUGCUCUAAGGCUGCCUAAAGCCAAUUUGGUGAGGAAAUUGAAGGAGUUGCGUGUUUUGCUGAAAGCUUGGAAUCGAGAUGUCUUUGGGAACAUGGAAAACCGUCUAGCCACAGUUCAAAGCUCAAUUUCGGAUUUAGAAGCUAUAGCAGAUUUGAAUAAUUUGUCAGAAGCCGAUGGUUCCAGGUUGUCUGAUUUGCAUUCAGAAUUCAAUCAUAUCUCCAAGCAAAUUGAGUCGCUUUGGCAUCAGAAAUCGAGGGUUAACUGGAAUCUAAAUGGAGACAGAAACACAAAAUAUUUUCAUACUGUUGCUUCUUUGCAUUCAAAGAACAAUUUAGUAUCUGAAUUCUUUAUAGAUGGCGUCUGCUAUUCUUCUCCUGCUGAUAUUAAACAAAGGGUGCAUUCUUUUUAUAAGAAUUUGUUUAAUAAGCCUGCCAGUGUUGAUUUUAUCUUAGAUGAUCUUCCAAUCAAGCGCCUCUCUGAUUCGCAGGCUGCAUGCUUAUCGGCCUCAUUUUCUGAAGGGGAGAUUUAUUCUACUCUUUUGAGUUGUGACGAUAAUAAAGCUCCGGGCCCGGAUGGCUUUAAUUAUUUUUUCUAUAAGAAGGCUUGGAAGACUUUUAAGCAUGAUUUUAUCUCCCUUUUCGAUGAUUUUUAUGCUACUGCGGAUUUCCCAAGAGGCAUCAAUACUGCUUUUCUAGUGCUGCUUCCGAAAUUUCAGGGUGCUACAGAUAUUAAGGAUUUUCGUCCUAUAAGCUUAAUUAACGGAGUCUUCAAACUUAUCUCUAAGGCGCUGGCUAAUAGGUUGUAA